AUGGGAAUAUUCAGAUCGGAGACGAUGAAGCACGGGACACUGGUCCUGCCUUCAGAUCGAGCGAGGGAAUACCUGGACUGUCUUGGUAAGAACGUCGACAUACAGUUCAUCGACAUGAACGAGAAGACGAUGAAGAGGCAAUACAAAAAGUACAUCCAGAGGAUAGAUGACAUGGAGAGGAUUCUUCGCUUUCUGGAAGAAAAUAUUAGGAAAUUGCCAAAUGUAAAAAUAAAAAAAAGUAAGAUUGAUUCAUUUUUGGAACACGACAAUGUGUAUGAAUUGGAUCAGGUGGAAGAAUCACUAAACCGUCUUCAUGUACAGUUUGUUCGUUUCUGCAACAACAACAAGGAACUUGUGGACGAGAGGAACAACGCUAUAGAGGAGAAACACGUAAUACUGACCGCCAUGAAUCAGUUGAAUCCAGGUGCAACGAAAAAUGGGAAUGUUAGUAAAAGGCUUCCGGAAAGUACUCUACCCUACGAUGAGGUGAAUGACGAAAGUAUAUCUCUACAAACGAACAUGAUGAAGGAUGGAAUAAGCAUGAUGAUGUUCACGAAUAUAUCUGGUGUAAUCAAAACGAAGGAUCAGGAAAGUUUCAGCCGAACCAUUUUUAGGGCCUUAAGAGGAAACACAUAUACCUACUUCCAAAGUAUUGAUGAGAGUGGAGAUUCUUCCAGUGGUGGAGUAAUGGAUGGAGUGAAUGACAUGGAUGAGGGUGUGGGUGGUGGUGGAGCAACCACCUGCAUGAACAACGGAAGCGAUGAUGAUGUUACGGAUGGAGGUAACGACAUGAACAAUGAGAAAGAGAAGAAGAAUGAGCCCAAGAGUGUCUUCGUUGUAUACUGCCAAGGAUCAUCGCAAAGUAACAUAUAUCAGAAAAUAUUAAAAAUAUGUAAGGCAUACGAUGUAAAGACAUACGAUUGGCCGAAAACAUAUGAGCAAGCAAGGCAAAGGUUGAAGGAGCUAAAGGAAAUAAUUACAGAUAAGCAGAAGGCAUUGAAGGCAUAUGAGGAAUACUUCAUAAAUGAAAUAUUUGUUCUGAUUAAUGUGGUUGAGCCGAAUAAGAAUAGUUUGAUAGAGGAAUGGAAGUUGUUUUGUAAGAAGGAGAGAUACAUAUAUAAUAGUUUGAACUGCUUCGAAGGAAGUGAUAUAACGUUGAGGUGUGAUUGUUGGUUUAGUGCAAACGAUGAGGAAAAAAUUAGGCACAUGCUGAUUACCAAGUCAUCCAACGAUUUAGUAUCAGCCUUGUUGUUGUCUGAUAAGGUACUUACUCCAAAUAUAUCACCUCCGACUUAUAUUAAGACGAAUAAAUUUACCAAGUCCUAUCAAUCGAUGGUAGAUACAUAUGGAAUCCCUCGUUAUGGAGAAAUUAAUCCAGCCAUUUCUACGAUUAUCACUUUUCCUUUUCUCUUUGGCAUUAUGUAUGGGGAUGUAGGACAUGGAGUUUGUAUCUUCCUGUUUGCUCUCUUCCUAAUUCUCAUUAACAAUCGUAUAAAGAACAAGAGUAAAAAUGAAAUGGUGAGUAUGUUACUGGAUGGAAGGUACAUGUUACUGUUGAUGGGGUUCUUUGCUAUUUACGCAGGGGUACUUUACAAUGAUUUUUUCUCUAUGCCGUUAAAUUUAUUCACUUCGAUGUUUGAAGUGGAUAGACAAGUCGAUUCCGUUACUUAUUACAAGAGGAGGCAAGUUAUGAAUGAAGCUAGUGGACAGAUGGAAGAUGCAGAUCCUUACAUUUUUGGUUUUGAUGCAAAGUGGCUAGGAGCAGAAAAUGAAUUGACAUACAUUAAUUCCUUUAAAAUGAAAUUUUCAAUUAUUAUUGGAUUUCUACAUAUGACAUUUGGUGUAUUGAUGAAAGGAUUGAAUGCAUUACAUUAUCGAAGGAAAAUGGAUUUUUUUUUUGAAUUUCUGCCUCAGCUGAUGAUGAUGUUAUCUAUUAUUGGCUACCUAGUUUUUUUAAUUAUUUACAAGUGGGUAACUCCUAUAGGUUACGGUGGGUACAAGAAGCAGGGUAUCAUCAACACCGUUAUAAAUAUGUACUUGAUGAAGGACUUAACACCGGAUAACCAGUUUUAUGCUCAUCAAGGAUUGGUGCAGGCUUUCCUCAUUGCUAUAUUUGUUCUAUGCAUCCCCCUCAUGUUUGUGUGUAAGCCUGCCAUUAGAACGUACCACAUUAUGAAGGAAAAGAAGAGCAGAGGAAGUAUAUCAUCUAGGGGAGGAAGCUACUCCCACCACGAGGAGAAGGAAAUGACACACACGUUUAACCACUUGGUAGGCGUGGGUAACGGUGUGAACAGCGCAAAUCCUGGCAACGGUACUUCCAGCUCUCCAUCCCUACAUAAACGAAGCCCCAAUAUGACCUUUGGUGGUACCAACAAUAAUCGUGAAGACGACUACCUCUCCCCCAGAAGGCGCAAUAAACCGACAGAUGAUGAGAUGGAAGCCCACCUCCUUAGCCCGACCGCCCCCGAAGAUCAGGAAGGCAUGGUAGAAUCCUUUGGAGCGGGAUCCAUUGGAGAGGCUCACCAUGAAGAGAACAUCUCGGAAAUAUGGAUAGAACAACUCAUCGAAACGAUAGAAUUCAUUCUAGGUUUAAUCAGUAACACCGCUUCGUAUUUGCGUCUGUGGGCCCUGUCUCUAGCGCAUCAGCAGUUGUCCUUUGUCUUUUUUGAGCAGACCAUUUUGAAUUCGCUAAGAAAGGAUAGCUUUAUGUCGGUACUUAUUAACCUCAUUGUGUUUUCUCAGCUCUUCUCUAUCCUUACCAUCGCAGUCAUCCUGUGCAUGGACACUCUUGAGUGCUUCUUGCACUCCUUGCGACUGCAAUGGGUGGAAUUCCAGAACAAAUUCUACAAGGGUGACGGAAUUCCUUUCCGCCCCUUCAACAUUAAGAAGGUGCUCUCUGAAAGUGACUAA